UUUUCUAAUGUGAACAGGCCAAGGCCCAACAAAGGCUAUAGCGCCAGAAUGAUGAAGAUAUCUUUUAAUGUACGCCUAUAUUUGAAAUAUAAAUAAUUAUUGAAAUAUGAUUUUGUCAUAUGAUUUUAUCAUUAUCUCGAUUUGUCGUUAAUUUAGUUAAUAAUAUUUAUAUAUGUAUCUAUAAAACAAAUUUUUUUAUACAGAGGCUAUGAAUCGAAAAAGAUCAAUUGAAAAAUAUAUAUUGUGAAAAAGAAGAAGAACAAAAAUAUGAAAAGACAUGUUUCGCGUUGUUCUUUCUCAUCUUCAAGCGAAGCAAGUUUGUAAAAUCGCGCGGCGGAAGUUGCUGCGAGCGGAAACUCGUUUGCGCAUGCGACAACGUCGCUGGCGAUAGUGGCUCCAACAAUGACAGUGACGGGGCCAACGGGCGCCAUUUUGUUCGCUCGUUGCAUCGCAAACAGGCGAGGUACAGCGUGCAGCUAAGAGAAUAGUCGUUUUCGCUCGGGGGAAAAAAAGCAGCUUUCUAGCAAAGCCUUGGACGUCCUACGCCCUCGCUUCUCUCUUCAUUUCCUCCUCCUCUUCCUCGUCUCGUUCCCCUCGUCCCGCGUGUCUUUCUUUUCUCUUGUUCUACGUUGAGCUGCAAGCAGCGUUGAUGAUUGGGAUUCCGCGGGACGAUCGGCACAAAAUCACGGUCAAGAUCCGCAACAACAUGAAGAGGAGCUCGAGUCGCGACACCCCGCCUCCUCGUGUCAAGCGGAGUCGAUCUUCCAUGGGACGGUACGAUGAUUCCAGUGACGAGCGCAUAAGCCCGGAAAGGAUUCGGCGACGGAGUCGAGGGGCCAGAAGUCCCAGUCCACCCACGCGGGCGUCCUCUCACGCCCGCUACGUUGAAUCCAGCUCACAUCGCGACGAGUAUUUGCGCGCGUCGCGCGACGUGCCGCGGGAGCGACCCUACAGCUACAAGGUACUCUGCGUCAGCUCCAUCCAUCCGAAGGCCAGUGACGAGGUGAUCAAGGACACGCUGUACAGGGAGUACAAGAAAUUCGGGGAUUUCUCCAUUCAGAUCUCGCACGAGCCGGACGAGCGCGUCGCCUACGUGUGCUUUCGAAGCUCGGAGGACGCCCGAGACGCUAAGCACGCGAAACCACGUAUCAUCAUGUACGAUAAAAUGGCCCUGGUGGAUCCGGUGUUCGACAGGCCAGAGACUUAUCGUCGUCCGCGCUCGAUCACGCCGCCGGAUUACGAGAGGUAUUACGCCCGUUCGCCGGGUCCUACGGACCGACACAGGCCGCUCGAGAGAUACGAACGUGUGUACGGGCCACCGGUGGGUCUGCCCCCUCAUCGCGAAAUGCGCCGCGAAACGAUCCCGCCGCCGCAUCACGAGUUCGUUCGACCACCGAUACAUCCCCAUGGACCACCGCACGUUCACCCGGGACCGCCUCAUCAUUACGGGCCGCCGCGACACAUGAUGAUGCGCCAUCCGGUGCAUGGAUUCGAGCGAGUGGAGAACAAGAAGGACAAAUUCCCCAAUUAUCUGCACCACGUGUCGCCGGAGGAUGAUCCUCUGGCGACCAGAACUCUGUUCGCCGGCAAUCUCGAGAUCAAUAUUACGGAAGAGGAGCUGCGCCGUAUUUUCAGCAAGUACGGCAUCGUCGACGACAUCGACAUAAAGCGUCCACCACCCGGUACUGGCAAUGCUUACGCUUUCGUGCGCUUCCAAACUUUAGACAUGGCUCAUCGAUGCAAAGUAGAACUGUCGGGUCAGUAUAUCGGCAAGUUUCAGUGUAAGAUUGGUUAUGGUAAAGCCACCCCGACCACUCGGAUAUGGGUGGGUGGUCUUGGACCAUGGACCUCCGUGCCGCAACUUGAACGGGAAUUCGAUCGAUUUGGCGCUAUCAAGAAGAUCGAUUACAUCAAGGGCGACAGCAACGCUUACAUCCUCUACGAUUCGAUCGACGCCGCGCAAGCGGCAGUCAAGGAGAUGCGUGGCUUCCCUCUAGGCGGACCGGAUCGCAGACUAAGAGUAGAUUUCGCCGACGUGACCCCAGGCUUUAAUUUCAAGCCCCGAUCGUAUCCAGAGGACAAUAACGACUUCAGACCGCGUCCAGUCGAUUACGAAUCGCCAUACGAUCCUUACGGACCGGACGGCGAGUUCGGUUACGGACCGAGAGGUUUCCGGGGUGGCGGCAGAGGUAACGCGCCAUGGCACGACAGGAGGGGAAGUUCUCGAGGCGGUUACAGAGGUUCGUAUCCCGAAGGUUACGUUCGCGACGAAACAGAGUGGCCCAACAGAAGACCACCGCCUGAAUUAGAAUACGAGACACCGCGCGGUCUGAGAAGAUCGCUCUCGCGCGAACCGGGAGUCGACAGAUCGAGAUCGCGUUCACCGCGUAGGCGACAGAUGGAUUCCGAUUCAGAUUCGGAGAACGCUCGCACCGGCAUGCUGUCGACGUCUCGCACGCUUCCGGACGUCGCGCGCAAAUCAAUCGCGGUUUGGCAAGGCGCGCUGAUACUAAAGAACUCGUUGUUCCCAGCCAAGUUCCAUCUGACUGACGGCGAGACAGAGAUAAUAGAUUCUUUGAUGAAGGAUGAGGAGGGCAAGCACAUGUUACGUAUUACGCAGCGAUUACGUCUCGAUCAACCAAAAUUGGAUGAUGUGUCUAAACGGAUCCAAACGUCGAGCUCGCACGCUAUCUUCCUUGGCUUGGCUGGCUCGAGUACCGCGAUCACGAACGACGACACCAACGUGCAGACGCGGCCUCUGCGCAAUCUUGUCUCCUAUUUGAAGCAGAAAGAAGCUGCCGGUGUCAUAUCGUUACUGAACAAGGACACGGAGGGCACUGGCGUGCUCUACGCUUUUCCACCCUGUGCAUUUUCAACGGAACUUCUGAAACGCACGUGCCCCAGUUUAAGCGAAGAGAGUCUUAAGGAGGAUCACUUGGUGAUCGUGGUGGUCAAAGGAGGUAGCGCCUAAGAAAAACUUAGCUUCGUAUUGUGUCCGUAUUUUCUAUAUCGUAAGUGCGAAGAUUCUUCAAUAUGCAAUCCUUAAGGAGCUUUUUCAUCCCUGAUCGUGUGUGUUUGGCGAAGAAAUGCUUCUCUAAAAAUGGAUUGAGCGAAAAGUACAACGUUCUAUAGAUAAAAAAGUGAAAUGAAGAAAAAUUUUUAAUCUCUUCCACAUAAAAUGUUUAGUGCUGCAAAUCUGCAUUUUGUGCUGCACGCAGUCUAAAAUGUAGCGAUUUGCGCUGGUAAAUAUUUCAUAUGGAAGAAAUUGAAAAUUUUUCCUCAUUUUACAGUUUUUAUUCAGAUAUCAAACUGUACAAACUAUAAUUACGUUGUGAAUAUUAAAAAUGUUGUACUUUUCGUUCAGUCCAUUUUCUAGAAUACAUUUCUUCGUUAAACAGCCGUAGUGGGCAGGCAUCUUAAACUGCUGAAUAAUGUACAGGACUUGUUAGAAGGAGAGCUUGUGUUUUUUGAUCGAUGUAAGUAUUUCGCUUUCUACUGGCUUCCAGGUAUGAGUUAAUCUCAUACAAUUAUAGAUAGAAUCGUAAUGUGUAUUGUAACUUUGAUACUUUUUUUAUACACAUGUACAUUGUAUUGGGAACGUUAAAUGUAUUAACGUUUAUAUCCUACAAUCAGACAUGUGAUAAAAACCCGCGAUGCCUAAUGAUUGAGUAGAGUUUACGAAUCGGCUAGAUUUACACAAAAAUGUUGUGAAUCUGUACGUUUACGCAUAAAUCUACGCGGUCGAAAUAGUAGGCAGUGCGUGUUUUUAUUGCGCAUUAUUAUAAAGACUUGAUCCUUGUAUAGUUGUUGAACUUAAUGAUGGAUAAGGUUGACGUAGUUUUGAAAUAUUACUGAAAGAUAUUGUGUGUUUGCUGUACAGUAAUCUUGAUUUGUGAUAUACUUUUCCAGAAUUAUAACUUCUUUUCUAUAAAUGCACAUCAUCGACGUUACUGUUAGCACUGAGAAAUUAGAGUACUUAUUUUCUAUCAAAAAACACAACUUUGGUUCCCUAGUUAGUUUUAUCAGGUAGCAGCGAUUACCAAAUGGUAAAGUUUCUAUCAGCAAGAGCGUUAUUGACUAUACUGGAUAUUAUUACAAACAUUGUAAUCCUCAUUACAAGUGAUGCUAUAAUUACUUUAUAGUGUAGUAUAAGAAUCUAUUUGUAUUAUAUACAUAUGUACUUUACAACUAUACGUACAUACUAGUAAUAAUUGUGCACAGUUCUUUCACAUUUGCAGACAUGCGUAUAAUUGCAUUUUAAUGUGACAUGAAUUUUAUUUCUUAUGCCAAUGUAAAAUAUCUUUUUGAGAUAUAUCUGUGUGUAUGUAUAUGUGUGUGUGUGUGCACAUAAAAAUUAUAUAAACAUUUGACGAAUAUUUCGUUUUAAUUUUAAACUAACAAAAUUAAGAAGAAUUCUUUAUAUAAUUUUAAAUUUAUAAAUAUUAAGUAUGUAGAUGUUUACAUUUUCAUUAAAAAUUAUGUUUUGUUUAAAAGAAUAUAUCCUAUCUAAAAGUAGAGUACUUUCAAGUAUAACAAAUGCAUUGUGCAGUAGCUUUGAUGAUAUGAAAACACACAUACAUUACAAAAAAAAAGAAUUAGAUGAUAUAAAAUCUGAAUGUGGCGAAAAAUGUGAAAGGCCUGGUUAGAAUAUAUUUGAUAUGGAAAAUUUAUAUAAUUAAUCAUUUCAAUUUCUGUAGAUUUCUUUUGUGCAUAACAUUUAAGUGAUUGUGCAGUAAGUAAAAUCCGUGAAUGCUAGUUAUGACAAAGUUUUUCAAGUUUAGACUGUGCCCAAGAGUGAAGACAGUGAGGAAAGAAAAAAAAAUAGCAAAUCCAAGAAGAGACAGAAAAUUUGUUUACCGCAAAAAAAUUAAGUUUAUCGCAUCUGUGUUUUCAUAAUGUCGACAACAGUUUAUCCCCUUUUUUAGUGAGGACCGAUUUUUCUUCUUCUAAAGGACAGUGUUUGGUGGCAAUAAUAAAACGAAAAUGAGCUCUGAACAUGUGUCUAGUGAAAAUGUAAAAAAAAAAAUAAAAGUGAUUGUGCUCCGCAUUCCGGUAUGGCGGAGAGUCACCUGAACGCGCGUCUGAAGGAUAUAUUCUUAUAUUUCUAUUCAGAUACGUUGGAGGAGUGAAGAAGGGGCGUCUCCACCACACUUGAAUGCGAAUUGAAGGUGCAGUGGUUAAGUAUAUUUAGUGUUCGAACGGAAAAGAAAUAGAUGCAGUUUAUGUAGAGAGAAAAAAA